GUGGGAAAAUUAAGUAGUGAAGCAUGUAACCACGUUCAGUUAUUUUAAGAAGAUGAAUGUCAAAACAUGACAUUGAAAUAACAUUUUGAAAACGUACCUAAUAAUUGAAAUCUUAAAAAGUCGUUUCAUUUAGCUGUCAAAUUUGGAUUGACAUGAAAGAAAAACCAAAUUCAAUAAGGACAUAUGAUGCCGAAGGCUUCCGUCGUCGUGCAUCAUGUUUAUGCUUCAGAGAUAAAACAGAGCAAGAGAUCUUGUUAGUAACAAGUAGUAAAGACAGAGAGAAAUAUGUUGUUCCUGGUGGUGGGAUUGAACCUCAAGAAGAAGCAAAGGCUACAGCAGAAAGAGAGGCCUUAGAGGAGGCUGGAGUCAGGGGAGAUCUAGGUCGUUACAUUGGAACAUUUGAGAAUAAAGAGAAGAAACAUAGGACAUUGGUAUUUGCAUUUAUAGUAACAGAAUAUUUAGAUGACUGGGAUGACAAAAGAUCUAUGGGGAGAUCAAGACAAUGGUUUUCAUUUGAAGAAGCAAAGAAAAGACUGUCACAUAAACCAAUACAAGUGACUUAUUUACAACUUCUGGACAAACCAGAAAGGAUCACAUGACGUGGUAUGAAGGUCUAGCUUAUUACCAUAUCAGAUCAUAAUUUGAAGUAUUCAUGUAAUGAUGUGCCAAUUAAUGAACAGAUGAAAUCUUCAUAGGUUUAGAGGAUAAAAGGAAGCCAAUCAAAAGAUCAAAGCACUUUUUAAAUGACUGCCAAAUUUAGGACAACUUUUAGGUUGUAAUUUGUUAUUUAAUUAAAUAUUGUAGUGGGAACAAAGGGGAUUUUCAUAAAUAUUCAGCAUUACUUGUACUUAUAGAAAACUGCUAUAUUUUUAACUGUGAAUAGUAUGCAGAAAGGCUGUAAUCAGUUUUCUAUCAUUUUGUAAAACAUCUGUAAAUGUGUUUUAUGAGUUGUGUACAUCUAUAUAUCUACUCAUAUUUGAGCAAGCUUUGUGAUUGAUAUGGCCAAAUUACUAAGUACUUCCAAUGAAGGCCAUUUUGCCCUCAUGAAUUAGACAAGAUGGCUCAAUGUAUUUCAUCAUUUAAUUAGUUUUAUACCUCUAUUCUCAGAUUCCAAAAAAAGAAAUAACAGAAAGAGCAAAAAGAUAAAUGACUUGGUAAACAUUUUCAAAAACCUUAUUUUAAAAUGAGGAACUUUUGGCUUGUAGGCUCAUUUUCAGAUUUCAUGACCCCACCUUUAGAUGCAAUGGCAUAUUUGGUACCCAUGUCCAUCAUACCAUCCUUCUUAAACAACCAAUUGUCGACUUUUUUCAUUAUGCCAGCAGAUAUUGUCUGAUAUUUUGGUGCAAUUUUGAACAAUGAUGACAUACUGAUAGAGUUUGCAUUUAGUUUCAGUUGUUGCAGAAUUACUGUCCUUACAAAUUUCAUGAAAACUUUACUUGUCCUAAUUUUUGUCCCCCAGCUGCAAUGUGGUGCGGGGGACAUAGAAAUAAAGGAGCCUGUAUGUUUAGUCUUGUAUAUGCUCUCACAUGUACAGUUCUUUCCAGAUUUUUAUAAAAUUUGUAUCAUCAAUGUCUGGGACAACUUUUAAAAUCAGUUAUGACCUUUGGAAAUAUAAAUUCUAUGGAAAAUCACUCCAAAGACUUCAUUUCUCAUAAGAUUUUUAUGAAAUUGAUAUCAAAAAAAGAUUUGUCUCAACAAUAUCUCAGAAGAAUUUCCUAUGCAUUAUUAGGUCUAGUCAUCCAACCACCAACAUUUUGGGUAACAAAUACCGGCAUGAUCAUAUUUAUUGGUAAUGUUUUUUCCCCCAAUGAAUAGAUACAAACUUAAAUGUUUUCUGUUAAAAGUUUUCUUCUUUAUUGUCAAUCUUAUCCAUUUUAAACAUUUAACAUUAUUGUGUUGCUGUUUGUAUUCUAUGUUAGAAUAAAACUUUUACUACAUUUAUGUAAAAAAAAACCGGUACAAAUAAAACAUCUUAUUAGCAAUUGCAUUUUUUAUAGAUAUAUUAUUAUCUGAGAAGUAGCUCUUUCUUUCUUCAGGAAAACAAUAAUAUAUUGUCAGAGUAAAAUGUCUUUUUUUGUGCUUUUGCGGAAUUUAUUUUAAUUUUUUUUACACCUAUAGCCCUAUUCCGAAUUUUUAAAUCUUGGUUGCUUAUAUGUUUUUUCUAUGCUAAAGAACCAACUGUGUAAUUUGUAGGCAGGCUAUGUGAAAAGCUUUUUCCUGAAACAUUAAACUUACAUUGAAUCAUGAAAAUUCCUUAAGUUUAAGAGCACUUGUUUGAAACUGCCAUAAAUUGUUUACCAUGGUGGGAAAAUUUAGGAUUACUUGAAUAACAGAUACAGGGUAUAUUUUAAUUUUGACCUUAUUUAUAGACAAUUGCAUUUUUUUUUUGUAUAUUUGAUUAAUUUCAGGGAAUGGAAUAACAGAACAUAUAUUAUUGUAAUGUUAUUAUAAAAGAGCAAAGGGUUUCUGUAAUGCAAGUGAUUUUCUUGUUGUAAUUACUUUAUUUACUUUGUUGUAAUUACUUUGAUUACUUUGUUGUCAUUAUUUUGAUUACUUUGUUGUAUAUUUUGAUAUGUGCCAAAAUUAUUAUCAUUAUUUGUUGUAAUAAGGUUGACAGUACUAAUUAAGAUUAAGUUCAGUAAAAAAGUGCUGGGGAUUGUAAAUAAAUUGUGGAAAAAUGUCAAUAUGACUUUAUUAAGCUUUAUAUAUUGUCUUUCUGUACUGCAUUUCACAGAAGCUAAGAUAAUCCACGACUUUUGUUGUUAUUUAUUUGUUACUUGAAACAGUCAAGUGCAUGAAUAUAAAAAUUGAACUGUAAAUGAAAUGUCAACUUUACCUUUUAUAUAUGAAAAAAAAAAUAGUGCCAUGUUUUCACCUACGAUAAAGACAAAACAAUGAGACAAUGCAUGCUUAGACUAAGCACAAUAAAGAAUUGCAUGAUUGUUAUUAAUCACACAUGUACAUACCACACACAUAAGUAUUACCUUUGUCCUGAAUAUCCAUGAAAUUAUUGCCGCUAGACGUUAAGCAAGCAACAAUCAAUCAUUCAACCAUGUGAAAUGAUACAUAGUGAGAAGAUUCUUUUUUCAUCUUAAAAAUGGCAUAUAUAAAAUAAAGAUGCUAAUAUUUGUUACUUGAUCAUAGAUAUAUAAUAGAAAAACAAAGGAUAUGGGUAUCCAUCAGUACAUGCACAGCAAAAAACAAACAAAAAGCAAAGGAACAGCGCUUUUAUUGCUAUUCUUCAUCUAAAAGUCACAGUGAGGCCUUCAACACGGAGCAAAAAAACUCUCACCUCACGGCAAGUUUAAGACGGCCCCUAGCUUGGCUUGAACGGAAUUCUUUGCAAAAAUAUUUUGAAUAAACUUUGUAUUAAAUAUGUAACACCACCUACAGAAGAUCUGUUAAAUGAGAAAUUUACCUUUAAUUAGGUAUUUCAUUUGCAGUUUCAGUGUGCUGUAAAAUUUAAGAAAAAAUAACAAAUAAUUGGGAAUUUCACAAUACUUGUUUUUAUAUUCAGAGAAAGGAUAUUUAAUAACUUUAAGAUACAUUGUCUUUUUAUCUUUGUUGAAUGUGAUGUGUGGUUAUGAAUUAAGAAAUUAUUGAAUACCAACUAUUAUUACCCUUAUUAGAAUAUCGGCCAUUGGCAACAUAGGUUGGCUGCCUAUUUAUUUUUAUCAUACUUCAGAUCGGCAACAUUCUACAUUUUGACAACUGUGUGGCUAGAAUAACUAUAAUAAAGACAGGUUUUUGCCAGAUCGUAGCCCAAUGAUUUGCCUUUAACAGCAACAAUUUACCUAGGAAAAUUGUCUUUUGGUGACAUUAACAAAAGCUGCAAUAUUACAGUUAUAUUUACAGAAUGAUGUUUCUUGGGAAAGAGUAUAGUUUUAUAAGACAUAAUAGUUCUUAUUGGUAAAUUAAAUCCCAGUGUGCUUUAUAGUGUUUGCAUUCCACUUUGUAAUUUAAUUAAGUCAAUUUUUUUUUGUAAUUGUCACCUAAUGAUAUUACCAAUAAAAUUUAAUUUUUGUA